UUGUAAUAUGAAACUAACACUUCCGGGUUCUAAUGUUUACAUCUGGAGCCGAGCAGCGUCCAGCUGUCAUCUUCAUCUUCCUGCUCCUGAAAACCACCUUUUAUAUGUUAAAAACAACAUGUUGUUGAAGUGCUAGGACUUAUACACGCUGACGUGGCACAGGCAGCAGGGCUCUGUCAUCGGGAUCGGCUGCUGAGAGUCCCAAGUAUAGACUGAGCUAUGAAGAAGAAAAGCAGAUGUCCAAAGUCAUCUGAGACUUCACAACAGACCAGCAGGACACAGACAACAGUGAGUGGUACUGAGGUAAUGGGGCCGCCUGGAAACAGUGGGAGACCUCGGAAGACUGCCCCUGUACCCACAGACAGUUUCUACCACGAGAACACUACGAAAGACAAGAAUGCAAACUCAGACCAUAGUGUGACAACAGCUGACGCCACACAAAAACAUCCAGAGAGCAAGUCUAGAUCUUCAGCAGGUAGACUGUCAACUGCUAUCUGUCGGCUCUGCCAUGGGAAGUUCUCUCCACGCAGCCUGCGGCACGCCUUCAACAAGUGGCCUCAGGAUUCCAUUGAUAUUGUUGAUGAUGAGUCCGACUCAGCGGCCCAGUCACCCCUUUUAUUUCACACAGACUUCCAGCGACUGGUUGGGGUCCAGUUGGACCGUGAUCCCCGGUUAUCAGAGUUUAUCUGCAAGAAAUGCCACUCCAAGUUCUACAAGUGCCACAGCAUCCUGGUCAGGUUUCUGCAGAGAGUCAACCUCCCACCAGUUGGGAAAGAGAACCUAAAAAGCUGGAAGAAGUGUCCGGAGGCCUCAAUAAACCAUGGUUCAACAACACCACAGUCCUUUACUUCAGACCCUAAGUGCCUCCACAGCCUGGUGUCCUGGGCUCACCACCACGGAGAGGCCUGCCGCUCUUGUCCCGACCUGAAGGAGGUGCGGGAGGACCAGUGCUGGGGCUCCGUUAAGGCCAUUUGGGGUUGCGUUGAUGGUCACAGAUACAUGAUGGAUACCACCGCCACCGACCCAGGGUACACAAUGGACUUGUGCAGUGGAGUGUUGGGGAGUGGCAAUGGUGAUGGAGUGAUGUCAGAGGAGGAGGAAGAUGACGAAGAGCAGCCCAGCGGGAAUAGAAGGACCCCAGCAGAAAGUAUAAGCGCUCUGGCUGAACACAGUCCACCUGCACUCACAGUACAAAGCUCAGCGCUGGCUGACUGGACCAGCAACAUUGAAGAUUUCACAGGUCAUGAGGGGGCGUUGUCUCCUGCUCCGGCCCAGCUGGAGGACAGGACUGCUGACAGUGAUCUGUCUGACAGGUUCAUCUGCGAGGAUGACUUUGAGGAGAGUAGAAAAGGAGGAUUAUCAGACGACGAGUUGUUCGAGCCGUUCUCGGACAAGAGAGCUCGCAGAGUGACCGACCCCAACAAGAGAAGAAGAAGAAGCCCGAAGGCCCUGGAGGAGCCCAAAAUAAAAAAAAAACCUGGACCGAAACCCGGCUGGAAGAACAAGUUCAAACCUAAAGGAGAGGAGCUGCCCAACAUCUACAAGUGUCCGUAUCAGGGCUGUACAGCCGUCUAUAAAGCUCCUGAUGGUUUGAAGAAGCACAUCAAGGAGCAUCACGAGGAGGUGAAAGAGCGACCCUGCCCUCAUCCUGGCUGCAACAAGGUUUUCAUGAUCGACCGCUACCUGCAGCGACAUGUCAAGCUCAUCCACACAGAGGAGAGGAACUACAUUUGUGACCAGUGCGGCCAAACCUUCAAACAGAGGAAACACCUUUCAGUUCACCAGAUGAGACAUUCAGGGGCCAAGCCAUUACAAUGUGAGGUGUGUGGCUUCCAGUGUCGCCAGCGUGCGUCACUGAAAUACCACAUGACCAAACAUAAGGCGGAGGCUGACCUGGAGUUUGCGUGCCUGAUGUGCGGGAAGCGUUUCGAGAAGGCCCACAACCUGAACGUCCACAUGUCCAUGGUCCACCCGCUGAUUCAGGCCAAGGUCCAGAGAGGCAGCAGCCAGGAGCAGCAGCAGCAGCAGCCGCAGCAGCAGCAGCCGCCACCGUACUCUGACCUGCACACCAUCACUCUGACCGGGGAGGUGGUUCAGCAAGACCAGGACAGAUGACGGCAGGGGCUCCAGGUGUGCUGCACGGGUACAUAAACUAUGGGAGUUUCCCACUUCUGACAACCUGUACUGUAGUUUCCAUGUUUUCACAUUCAGGUCAUGGGCCGGGAUGGGACCUGCUGUAUGGCAAUACAGAUGUUUAUCUCAGUUCUCUACAAGUAUAGCAAUUUGAAAUCAGUUUCUGUGUCUUAAAAACAAAGUCAAACUGUUUUCUUCAACGUAAAGUUUCAUUUUAGUAGGUAUUGACCAAUCGGCUGAUAAUUACUAUCUUAUGGACAGCUCUUUACAGUUCAAGCAUCACUUUUCAUUCCAACCUUAAGUUCUCAUUUUAUUGUCAGGACAUCUUCUGACCAAGCGUACCACAAGUUUAGGUUUUAGCAGCAGGCCUUCCUUCACUUGUAACAUUGUCGAACGCUGCAGUGCAACCUGACGCUCUGGAGCGAACGCAUUAAGAAUCUUAGGAUCCAAGUUUCUGGGUCAACAGGUGAGGCGAUUUGUUCCGUGUGAACUGAACAGAGACUUCAUGUUGGUAUUAGCGGUAAUUUAAUACAGUUUAACAGUAAACAUCAAUGAGAUCAAAUUACAAAUAGUAACGCUGGAUUACAUGCUGCAUAGUCAAUCCCACUUUUGUAGGUACUAGGUAGGCAAUUUGAAUUCAGCGUGGGAAUGGUGGACCCAGCCACUAACAAUAAACAUAACAUUGUAUAAAGAGAUAAUUAUAGAGUUAAAAAAUGGCGAUCAUAAAUAGUA